AUGGAGAAGGCACGAUUCGGGAUUGCUAGAAGGCACAGCCCCGCCUCAUUUAGACCAGUUCGAUUCAGGCAAAGAAACACCCUCAUUUACUUGCUGUUGGGAAUCUCGGCAUGUAUCUACCUAUUUUCAACACCAUCAGCGGUCGAUAUAGAUAAUCAGGAGGUCAAUCAACAUACCCGGGACCAGGAGCAAUGGAUCGAGAGGACGGAUCUCGAUGAUUCGAUCCAGAAGCUGGUUUCUAACGCACCGGGUGAGAUACUCUCGCGAGACCUACUGCGACCUGUUGAGGGUACCGGGAAUGAAAGGUUGAGAGAGAUGGGUCUGAGAGUUCGAGCUUUCAAAGCGAUUUUCGAAGCAUGGGAGGAUGUUCAUAUAGCACAUGAACCCGACGGGAGUACAUUUGUCCGUGACGAUGUCAUUCAGUAUCUUCGGGGGACUACGAGGUCGGUCGAUUCGACAGACGAAGAUUUGGUUGAAAGUUCUUUGGGGUCGACACUUCGUGCUUAUGAGCAAUACAGAAGCUUCCUAGCAAAGUUCACGGAGGUCAGUACCUAAGCUUUUGUGUGUCCAAAUGUAGACCCGAAAAGUGUUUUCUACUUACUCCAUGAGUUAUUAUUUCCCCAAAUUAGCUCUCAGUAUCUGAUUCGAAAUUCUCACAGCUCUUAUUCCCGUGGUUUCAUCCUUACUAUCCUGACCUACUUGCUCUCAAAUCAUCUUUCUCCAAAGGCGGCCGUGGGAUAGUGUUAACAGCAGGCGACGGUCAAGCUCCCUUCCUCCUCACUACGAUUCCAUCGUUCCGCAAACUCGGUUGCACCCUUCCCAUCGAAAUCAUGUAUCUCGGGGAAUCGGACCUAAGCGAAGACUACCGUGCGGAUCUCGAAGCCAUGCCAGGAGUGAUCACACGUGAUAUCGCACAGAUGGUCAAGGACGACGGUUGGAAAUUGGCUGGCUGGGCUAGCAAGCCAUUCGCAAUACUGCUGUCAUCAUUCCGUGAGGUCAUCUUCAUCGAUGCAGAUAGUGCCUUUUUUCAGAAUCCCGAAGUUCUCCUUGACGACCCGGGAUAUCAAAAGACUGGAGCAUUGUUUUUCAUGGAUCGAAAUGUUAUGCCCGAGAGCAAGAAGCAUUGGCUGCAGGAAAUCUUACCAAAGCCGUUUAGUCGGAGUGUUAGGCAGAGUCGGAUGUGGACGGGAGAGAGUGGCCAUCAACAGGAAUCUGGCGUCAUAGUUGUCGACAAGUGGAAGCAUUUUGUAGCGCUGCUCUUGGUAACACGUAUGAAUGGACCGGAUCGUGAUGGUGAUAAAUCAAAAGAGUUGAAGGGUAUUUAUGAGAUGGUGCAUGGUACGUUUUUCAUUUCUGGGGGUUGAGUUAAAACUGAUUGCAUCUAGGCGACAAGGAAACAUUCUGGCUUGGAUGGGAACUCGUUGGGGAUUGGGCAUACACUUUUCAUCCAGGGAGGAUUGGGGUCAUGGGUGUACUAGAAGAGUCCAAACAAGCAGAUCCAGAGCACGCAGAAGUGCGAAAACCGCAUGAAUUAAUGAAAUUUCGAAAUUCAACCGAGAAAUAUACGAUGUGCGCUCCCCAAAUAGUACAUUUGGAUGUCGAUGGGACUCUACUAUGGUUCAAUGGAUGGAUACUUACAGACAAGUUUGGGUGGGUUUUCUUUCCUCUUUUUUUCUGCCGGGAAAUAUGAAUCUUGUCACUCCAAGCUUCCAUAUGCACCUUGGUAGCAACUGUAAGAAUUAGCUAACCAGACUUUCAGAUCUAAAAACUACUCCAAGUUCCAAGACUAUAUGAUCGAGCCUCGAGAGACGCGCGAACCACCUGCGUAUGUUAUCAGAGAAGCAAAUGUUUUCUGCAUGACUAGCGAAGAGAAGCACGAAUUGAAGUCGAGAGAUACCAAGAUUCUCGACGAAUUGAUCGAGAGAGCCAAGGAAGUUAAUAAAGAAAAAUAGUGGAAGUGAUUAUAGCAAUUAUGUAUC